CAAACAUUGCUGAUUGAAUACAUCAUGGAGUCCCAGGGAAAACAAAGUGUGCCCUCUGCCCAGCCCCUCUCCCCGUUCAUCCUCAUACAGUGUGUCCUGCUGGCGUCCCUGUUCUUCAUGCCAGGCAUGGCCAGGAACAGGCUGCUGUGUAACUUUAGCGCCCUCCAGUUUAAAGACAAAGCCUUUCUUAACGUCACCACCGAGUGUCUACCGCACCAGAGCUGUUACACCAGCAGGGGGCGCCGUGGGUCAGAGCACAUGGUGUCUGCCCAGGGUUGCAUCGCCUCGACGCGCUGCGGAACCUUCCUGCCCGUCUCUUACCGUGGGCUGACCUACAAUGCCAGCUACACCUGUUGCUGUAGGGAGCGCUGCAAUCAGCCCCCCAGCCCAGACACCCAACUGAGAAGGCUGCUGGGAUUGACCAAGGACCCUACACCCAACUCCCUGGACGCCUGUCCCACACCAGCUACCUUGUAGAUCCACACAGUGUCUUUAGUGGGCAAGACGAGAGAAAAAAUGACGCGUCAGUCUACAAUACUUGAAACUGUCAGACUGGGCCACAGUUCAACCAAGUGUAUUCGCAUGUUACUUAGUUAUAAUAUGUGUACACAAAUUUUUUGUUUUCGAUGGAGUGUUUGCUUGUAUGUGAUCAUCACUAGAGAGGGACAGUGGGUUAGCCACUCUCCUGGUGUGUUCACAGCAAAUGAGAUUCUCAGUGUGUCAUCUGUUGGGUCCAGUGAAAUAAAUAAAGGAUCAU